AUGGCUGCGUCCUCAAGAACGUCAACGUUAUUUACCGAGCAAGAAAAAACAUCAACUGCCGUUGAACGACACGGUAGUUAUGUUUGCAUAGAGUGUGGUAAAGAGGCUAGCGAAUUGUAUCGAUAUUACAGCAGCAAUGUAUUGAAAAUAUCACAUUGUGGUUACUGUGACAAGAUUGUUGACAAGUACAUAGAAUUUGAUCCUGUUAUCAUUUUACUGGAUGCUGUAUUACAUAAACAACAAGCAUAUAGACAUAUAUUAUAUAACAGCCUAAUUAAUGUACACUGGAAAUUAUGUGUGUUAUGUUUACUUUGUGAUGCUUAUGUGAAAUGGACUCAGCUAAAAGAACAAAAUGCUGAUGGUACCAAAGACUUCCUGUACUAUGCAUUAGAAUGGGACUAUUAUGCCAUGUUUUUUAUUGCCGGUCUUGAAUUUGUAUGUUUUAUACUUGGUGUGGUGCUAUCAUGUAAGUUGUAUCAGAAAUUCACAACAAAUACAAUGCUUACUCCAAGUACAAGUAUGCAAGUACGUGCAUUGAUGUUGUCUAAUUCCGGUAAACUAUUGGUGUUACCAGCAGUUAUAUGGGGUGCUAGUAGUAGUAUCCUACUCAGAUGGAUAACCACUGUAUUUGUAUUCACAUCAAGUAUACAGUCUUUACAAGUUUUAUUUCAGAGUCACACUGUUGUCAAUUGCAUAUUGGUUCUAUGUGGAUAUGGUGUACAGAUAUGUAUAGAGCAAUGGAUUUCUCCAGCACUCCAAUUAUUCUUGACGAAUACCUAAUUUACCAUCAUUUACACUGUAUUAUAUUUAAAAUUAAACAGAUUUGAA